ACUUCAUAUAUUUCGACCAUGGCUAGACUUUGUUAUUACUUAGCUACUACAAGUGAAGUUUGAUCUAUUUAUGGUUAACUUAGUCAAUUCACAGACUUUUAAAACCUUAAUGUUUGUAUUUUGAUUAGCGUUAAAUUUACUGAUCCCUGAUUUGGAAUGUCUAUCAACAAGGUGAAAGCCUUAGGUUAUCCGUUGGCUGCAGUGUUUGAUGCAAAUGAUCAAAAAAGUUUUCGGAUGUUGAUUUUGUGGCUCGAGGAAAACAUAUUACAUACUUAUGUACCAGAGAAACGAACAGAGUUACAGAAUGUUGAUUCUCCUUCUUGGGACACAGCAUUCAAAAACUAUUGUGUGUCGUGUUCUAGUCCAAUUAAAUCUACCGAAGCUAUGGAUCAGUUGGAAUGGUUAUUAGGCGUGGCAAUUCGACUAACAUACAAUAAACAAAAAAAUAAAUUUGAUUCUGAAACAAAAAAAACACUUGAAGUUUCUACUGAUGUUCCAAUGAUUAUACCAUCCGAUAACCCAAUUGAUAAUCUUGAUGUAAACAGCAGUGAUUUCAAGGAAGGUAUUGAGAAACUUGCGGACUUACUAAAUAUUUCCAAGCAUCCCGAUCACAAAAUUACAUUAGAAGCUAUUCAUAAAUUUAUCAUUAAAAGGCUCAAUGAAGAAGCCAUUAAAAAUCCAUCAUCGAUAUUACCUAAGGGAGAAGCUUUUCCUUUAGAAAAAGUAAAAGGUCAUACAAUUGAAUCCAAAGAUUCAGCUGUUCUACACGCAAUGAAGGUCUUGAGAUUGGCACAGUUGCAUAGGUUACGUGAUCUUCAGACAUGUAUUAACGAAUGUAUAGUAGCUAUGCAAGAAGUUACUUCUGAUCCAAAAACAGAUACAAAAUUAGGGAAAGUGGGAUAUUGAAUAUCAAAUUCAUUUAAAUAAUUUAUUUAUUUAUUAUUGUACUUAAUCAAACUGUAAAAUAUAUGUCAAUGAUAAAAAUGUCGUGUGUACACAUAAUGGGCAUUUUUAAUUAUUUGUGCUUUUA